GCGAACAUAGUUAUUAUUACAUAUGUGACGUAACACACUUUAGCUAGUGUUACAGCCUAGAAAGAAAAGUUCAACAACUGGUAAAGAAUCAAGCCAACUGGUAGUCUAAUAAACUGACGUCAGUGCGAGUCGAACAACUAUUCAGCACAGCCUACAUUUCAGCAACUUCUUUUACGAUCGAAAAAGGCUGUCAACGCCUAUAUUGCUUGAAGAUCACAGACAAACAACCAGUAGGCAGUUGUAAUGGUAAGCGGCGAAGGGAUUCAUGUUGAAACUGUUUUGGUUAUACGUUUAAGUGAUGUUUUGAUCUGUGGUGUCCGCAACAAUGUGUUAUUGAAGGACAAUGAAGAUACAAAGUUACUCGGGGACAAGGAGAGGCAGGAAGAGGAAAAGCAAAAAACAGUCAAAAGCAAUCUGAUCCAGAGAGAGAGGAAGGAGAGAACUGAAACACAGCCGGCAGUUCCUCCCAGACCCACUGAAGAGGAGCUGAAGAAUAUAGCCUUACAUGACAGACUGAAGAAGAGAGAGACGGACGACAAUCAGGCUAACCGUAAUAUGAUGCCGAGUGAGAGGAAAGGGAAAACUGCUGAAACUCCAGUGGUUCCUCCUAGACCCACAGAAGAGGAGAUAAACAGACCAGCCAGACGUGGUCAGCAAAAUAAAAAAAAAGACAAUCCGGACCAAUGUGAUGAUGAAUGCCUUAAAGAGGGUGAAUCUCUCUUCCCGGUGGUAAAAGAGGAGGGAGAGGACAAGGACGAAGGAGAGUCCGUGGUUAAACCUACAGAUAGCACAUCAGCCAAGAUGCGAGAACCCACGAGACACAAUCCAUUCAUGCCACGCGGUGCUGGAGGCAAGGGUAAAACCAAGAAGCGUGAACCCCAGCAGGGAGCUUCAGGCAGUGACUCAACAGAGAACAAAGGUGGAAAUAAAUCAUUAUUCGACCAAUUGGAGGUAUUCCGUAUUAAUCCAGCGGAGCCAGAGCAGCAGCAGAAUAUGGAUGGCCUGAUGGAGUGGUGGAGCACAGUGGAGCAGUGGGAAGACAUGCCUCAAGAGGAUGACAUGACUGAAAAAGAGGAGGCCAAGGUGUUUGCAGUAACAGCUGAGAAGGUGCAGAAAGGUAUCCGUGUGUUCAACAAGCUGUUCUCAGAGCGUGCAGAGAGCCUGUGGCAGCACGUCAUUGACCUUAACAGCAUUGCAGACGCCCUCGACUGUUUCAACAAGAAGACUAAGAUCGCCCAAAUCACUGGCGGUUCCACCAGUGCGGUAGGAGGCGUAUGUACCAUUGUAGGGCUCGCCCUGGCCCCUGUCACCUUCGGAACCUCCCUGAUUGUCACGGCGGUGGGGCUGGGCGUGGCCACGGCGGGUGGCCUCACCACGGCUGGAGCCGGAAUCUCCAACACGGUCAACAACUCCAUGGACCGCAAGAAGGUGGAGGCCAUCGUGACGGACUACCAGGAGAAGAUAACCGACAUCAACAAGUGCAUGCUGUUCAUCAAGCAGGGGAUUGAGAGUCUGCGCAGGUUCGACCUACUGAAGAUGAAGAAGCAUGCAUACAACCGCGACUUCCCGGGCCUCAACAACAUCUACGAGGAUGGCGCCAUGGCUGGAAAGGCCAUCCUCAUUAACGCCAAUGAGAUGAUGCGUGUGGUGCAGAUAGCCAACGUGGCGGGCAGCACCGCGGCCAGAGCUGUCCAGAUUGCCAGCAUGGCCACCGGAGUGCUCACCGGCCUCUUUGUGGGCAUGGACAUCUACUUUGUGGCCAAGGACUCCAAGGAGCUGAAGAAGGGAGCCAAGUCAGAGUUUGCAGCCAAGAUCAGGGAGGUGGCGACCCAGCUGCAUGAUGGACUGGUGGAGCUCAAUGGCAUACGGGUUGAGCUGCAGUCCUCAGAUCCAGGCAACACCAAUGAGACUAACACCCAAAACACAGAUAAUACCAAUUACAGCAAAAAAACGGACAUCUCUGAUGACGAUAUUGACAACUAUAAAACCUCUGACAACAAAAGCAUUGUUGACAACAGCAAUACUUCAGAUAACAGCUAUAAGACCAGAAAAUCCUAAACUGUAUUUCCAACCCAUCUCUACAACGACACAUCCUGUCAGCAUUAACACUACUAGUAGCAACGUGGCUCUGAUUCCUAAGUCUCUCUUUCAUAGCACAAGCACCCAUGCCUGAAACAUUUUUUGUUACAGACUGCAAAAAUAGAACCAGAUAAUAUCUCCAGUCAUCACUGGCUUGGGUUAAGAACUGUUAUUAAAACUUACCUCUGUAAUAUCUAACAAAAUAUUAUAUUGUACGACGAGCCCAUGUCCACAUUUUCCCUUGUCUUGCCCCAUAGAGUUGUAUUGUAGUUGUGCGCAUUGUGCCUGUCUCGACAAUAUUAUCUACAGGACUUUAUGAAAAGUAAGGGUUGUAAGUUAAAUCUGUUUGUUCAUGGGGGCAGGAAACAGUUCACAGAUGAAAAUUAUGGAAAUAUGUUAAAAAAAACAUGACAUACAUUCUCAUGCUCAUUAUGGAAGGGAUCAUUGUAUCUAUAUUUUCUAAUACAGACUAAUGUAAAAAGCAAAACGUAAUAUUUUAAAGUUCAGCCAAAUAUUUUGAUGGUUUUGAUUUUUGAUAGAGAUACACACACAAUCUUUAUACAUAUCUAUGGUACAAUACAUACACAUACAGUACCAGUCAAAGGUUUGGACACCUACUCAUUCAAGGGUUUUUCUUUAUUUUUACUGAU